CCGUGACGUCAUCCGUCAGAAGCCGACAAACGUCAGUCGUGGUCGUCAGGUGUAUUUUCGGACGUAGUGGCAUGGAUUUUUUUUGAAACGGAAAAACGGCGACCGUAAAAAAAAAACGCGCAUCCGUAAAAAGCCGACGACGAAACCGGCACGCGGAGGACGUUUUAUAGAUUGAAUUGACGCCCCGGCCCCCGACCUCCGCGAAGAUAGCCGAAGUCGACGACGACCGCAUCUGCGAUAAAAGAAAGUGAUUUUUUUUUUUCCUGCUCGAUGGUAAUUAUUUGUUGAUGUGCGGCGUUAAACUGGCGCGGGGUCGAUAUCGCGGCGAUUAGGAGGUGAUUUGGAAGAAACAUGAGCCCGCCCAUUGAAUCAGUCGGUAUUUUCGUCGCGUGACGAGUGAAAUGAGCCGCUGUUAACAUGAAGAAGCAAUUUUUUAGGGUUAAACAGUUGGCGGACCAAACUUUCCUCAAGGCCGAGAAAAGUGAGGUACUGAACCAUGAAGAGCUGCAGAUCGCGGACCAGAAAGUCGACGUGUUGCGCUCGGCAAUAACGUCGAUCAAUAAAAAGCUGUGCCCCAACGGCCCGACGAACGACAAAGAAAAGCGACUGAAAAAAUGUCUGGAAUACCAGUUGGGAGCGGCGUUUAUGGAGGAGAGCGCCGAACGGGAGUGCGUCCUGUUCCAGCACGUGCUCCGGGAGGCGGGUCGGGUUGAGCACGACCUCGCCAAAGAUUACGCCGAGCACGAGAUGAAAGUGGAAGAGAUGGUAUACUCCCCAUUGCAGAAGGUGCUCGAGCUCGAGUUUCCCAGCAUCCUCAAGCACAAGCACAACCUGCGCAAGUAUUGCUUGGACAAGGAUUCGGCCAGUAACCGAUAUCACGCGACGAAAAAGGAAACGCUGAAGGAAGACAUGGAAGAGGCGGACACCAAGGUGGAACAGAGCCGGGACACCCUCGCCACCGAGAUGUUUAAUUUACUUUCGCGCGAAAAUGAGUUUUCCUCUUACAUAUUGCAGUUGCUCAAGUUGCAGCGGGGUUACCACGAGAGUGCCUUAAAGAACCUCGAGACAAUAAUACCAGAACUGGAAAGACAAAUCGGCGACAGCCACAUAAAGCGGGUGUUCGGCGUGCCGCUCCGCGAACACCUCCGCGUGACCGGCAAGAAAAUCGCGUACCCGCUCGAGGUGUGCGUGACUUCGUUGGAAACGGAGGACGGCAUGACGGAGGAGGGCUUGUUCCGGAUAGCGGGCGGCAUGUCGAAGGUGAAACGGCUGAGGGCCGCUCUCGACUCGGGCUGUUUCACCGCUCUGAUACCCGAGUACAAGGACGUGCACGUACUGGCGAGCACGCUCAAGCUGUACCUGCGCGAGUUGCCCGAGCCGUUGCUCACCUAUCGACUGCACGACGACUGGAUGCAAUCGAUGCAGUGUCCGGAACAUCAGCGAUUGGACGUCGUCCGCGUCCUCCUCGACCGUCUGCCAGAAGAGAAUCGCGACAAUCUCGCGUACCUCGUUCAGUUCUUGGCCGAGCUCGCCCGCCAUCCGCAGAACAAGAUGACGUCGUCGAAUAUCGCGAUCGUGAUGGCCCCGAACCUAUUGUGGAACAAGCACGAGGAGAUGGACGUCAACAUGGGCCACUGCGUCACCAUAAACAUGCUCGUCGAGCUCUUCAUCAAGGAGGUCGCGGUUCUGUUCCCCGAGAACGUCGCCAAGUACGUGACCUUCAGGCCGGAGGAGGAGUACAGGGCGAGGGCGGACGCCGGCGCCGCCUCCGCGGCCGCCCUCGACACGAGCAUGGAGAGCCUGCUCGACAGCCCGAGGCCGAACCAGCGUAAGCGCAAACCGGCCGCACCCGUGCCGCCCGCCGUCCACCACCGCCCCAACAACCCGGACCACCCGGACGAGAGGGCGUCGCCGGCGUCGUACCCGUCGGGCAGCGCGACCUUGAACCGGCCGCCCAAGGCCCGCGAACCGGCCAAGGUGAAGACGACGAUCGGCACGAACACCGAGGAGAACGACCUGAGCUUGUCGAAAAAGCGGAGCCUGUCGAAAGACGACCUGCACCGUGCUUCGGACCUCGAUCUAGUCAGCGACGCGAGGGCGACGCCCGCGGAGCGCCACUUCAAGACGACGGUCACGCAUCACGUGGCGCAGCCGCCGCCGCCGGAGCCGCCCGUCCUCAAUUCUAGUCCCAAGCCGGUGGCGGCGCCGCGGCAAUCGCUGUUAGAUCCCGACAAGAACUUCAGCCGGACUUCGUCGCUGAGGAGUAGCGGGGACGCGGCAGCCGCCGCCGCCGCGACGGCGAUGACGCGGUCGCAGAACGCGGCGGAGUACAGCGACGUGCAGCUACGACGCGUCGAGAUGUUGGACCGGACCGCGAAGCCAGAGAUACCGGCCAGGCCGGCCUCGUUGGCGCCGAAACGGGCGUCGAUGGACAUGGACCCGAUGCCGCACCGGACCCAGUGCUCGGUGUACAGCGUGGCCAACAGGCAGCAGCCGAGCAUAGUGAACGUACAGAACAGGAACGAGAAGUUUAUGCUCGGCCAUGACACGCAGAUGGCCGAGAAAGAAAAGUUCUUGGGUCACCACCAGGCGGCCGAUAGGAAAGGCGUGGAGAACCGUACCGGCGACGUAAAUUCGAACAAAGAGACGGAAAACGGGCCGCAAGAGACGGCGUCGGACGUUGCGUCGGAGAAGGCGAAAGUGUCGAGGACGGCGACCGACCCCCUAGCCGCCUCCAAGUCGAACGAGAAGCUGAACGAGCUGAGCGAAAAGUUCAACGGGAAUCGUAGAGCUAGUCACACGCGCACCAGGUCCGACGGGAACCUGAUCGAUCUCGGUAAAGGCACGGCGGCGGGCAGCCCGACGGCCGGCCACACCCCCUCGUCGCCACGGAGCUUGAGCAAGCCGACGGAACCGCCUCCGCCGCCGCCCGUCGUCGCGAAACGACCCGAACCCGAAAGUACCGACUUUUAGGGACGGCUCGGUGCAACUACCUCUUUGUUUUUGAUACCGCGUCCCGACGCACACGCGCGCCGCCUUCCGGGGGCGUUACAAUUUUUUCGAUGUUGUUUGUUCGUUGUUUUCCUUCUAUUUUUUUAAUUAAUAAAGAUCAUUUAUCGGAGCGUUUUGGACUAAUCGCGUGGCAUUUACGAGAAUUUGAAAGUUUUAUUUUUGCAUUUGUUCCCGCUUUUUUUUUGUAUGAAAAUAUUCUGACGCGGCUCCGGGCCCUCCCGGCUUGCCUUUCGAUAUCCCAAAUGUAGCCAGUAAUUUUCAAUAUGUUUAUACCUACCGUCUGUUUAAGUAAAAGCGAUUAAA